AUGAGGUUCGAGUCAAGAUUAGCGAGAGGAAGUGCCCUGUCGUGUCGUCACCAGCGGGCAGGGGGGUGGGGGGGGGGGGGGGGGCCGUGUGGGGCCCGCGAGGCGCGGGUGCCGCGGGCGCGAGGACAUCUGCACGGGAGCCGGGCCCGGGGAGAGGAAGGAAGGAAGGAAAGGCUUCACGAGACACAUUCGUUCGUUCGUUCCGUGGAAGGCUUUCGAAGAAGGGAAUUAUUCGAUUUGUCGUUCGUUUGUGGCAGGCGAUCGAUCGGGGAGGGCGGGCGGUCGGACGGUCGAUUGGGCCGAUCACCGGGCUUGGAGUGGGCGGGGUCGGGUUUGAAUUCGCUCGGGCUCUUGACAUCGCUUCUUCUUGGGCCACCGAACUUCGUCAAUCGGCGGCACGCUCGCGAUCACGGAGGAGGAGGAUCCGUCGUGGAUCUUGGGAGGGGAGGCAGGAGGGGUCAGGUGCGGGGUAGAGCUUGCGCUGGCCCGAAGGUCGGAGAAGGUGGUCGCCAGGGUGUAAUGAAUGCUGGGCCGCCAUCCUCGCAUUCCUUCUGUCGCCUAGUGAAGGAGGGUGUUUCUUGAGGUUUUUUUUCGCUUCUCGAGGCGAGAAAUCGUUCGGCUGGAGUGGCUUGCCUUGUGAUCCACAUCUGUGACUGGCGAGGUCGAGGAGGAGGCCGACGAGAUUUGCUUUGUUUUGAUUGUUUGGGCCGGAGGUCGGGGGCGAUUCUUCGGAGGGGCUUUAGGAAAAUUUGAUGGAGACGGCAGUGAAUUACGAUCUCCUGUUUAUGUCUGAGAAACCUGGUUUCCAACCAAAGACGAGCCCUUCGAGGUCAUCGGAAUCUGAUAUCGCAGGAAGGAUUUGAAUGUCCACGCAGGUUUUAAGACAACGGUUGUUGUUUGCCGAAAGGGCGCAUUCGAUCUCCAAAUUAUGUCGUGUCGUUGUGAAUGAAUAUCGUGGGCGCUUGGCUUGAAGACCUGUGGAUGGAGGAGAGGGCAAUCCUCGGCGGAUUUGUUGUAGGGGGGAUUUAGCUGAGCUUUAUUUGAAAGCGAGGGCGAGAUAAGGAUUUCUACUUCUCCGUCGAAUUUUGGAUGGCUGGGGGACUACUUCACCAGGAUUGAACAGGCAGGGAGGCAGACAGGUAGGUUGGAUGUGCUGUCAUUCCGAGUCUGCGGCUUAGCAACAUGGGCAAUCCCCUCAAGUUGGAGGUAGAAUUAGCAGGCCAACAAGGGAAGCAAGUGGAGCAGGGAGAUCAACUUGCAGCGAGCGAUUCUCUGGAAAGAGAGAACCCCGAUGCCCCGCUUUUAUCCACCAAGUCAAGGGCAGAUGAUCUUCAGAGGGAGGUGUUUUUACAGCAGGCGAGAGACGAAGGGCAUGGUAUUCCGCGUGUAUCAGCGGAGAAUGAAUCCGCAGCGCAGAGAAACGGAGAUUCUCCCCGGGUCGUGAAACUCGAGGAGGACGACAAGCCAUUGCUGGGAAACAAAAGCAAUAAUUCUUCGAAUGAAAUUUGCGCAGCUUCAAACGUUAAAGAGAGCAGUUCCUUGAAUUCCGUUCGAGAAGAUGAGGUCACUCCAGAGUUCACGAGAGAAAUGGAGGUCAAAUGCGCACCCUAUGUUAGACACGAUAGUUACGGCAAUUUUGGCGCGGCUGAAAUAUCAGUUGGGGAGAAAGUUUUGCUCGGAGUAGCCAUGGUUACAAUCGCACCCAUCCGGAUGAUUCUCAUAUUUUUUAUUCUCGUGACAUAUUACUUCAUAUGCAAGAUCUGCACCAUUUCUCGUCUCCCUGGUGAAGAAGAAGGGCAGGAGAAUUACAGCCAUCUUAUCGGACUCAGGCGUAGUGUCAUAGUGUACGCCGGGAAGUUUCUCUCGAGGUCGUUGCUGUUUGUUGUAGGUUUCUACCACAUCAAAGUCACCCACCGGACUCCCGACGUGAUGCAACAGCUCGACCUUGGUGUAGGAGAGCGAGCGAACGAAGAUAACGAGGGUUUGUUGGAGACUUCGAAAAGAUAUCCCGGUGCCAUUGUGUCCAACCACAUCUCAUACCUCGACAUUCUUUAUCACAUGUCGUCGUCUUUCCCCAGUUUUGUCGCAAAGAGAUCAGUGGCCAAGUUGCCCUUGGUCGGCUUGAUAAGCAAGUGCAUGGGAUGUAUAUAUGUCCAGCGGGAAUCCAAGUCCACCAACUUCAAAGGGGUAUCAGGCAUCGUCAUAGAACGCACCCGAGCUGCACACGAGAAUCCGGCUGCCCCUAUGUUGCUCCUAUUUCCUGAAGGAACGACCUCAAAUGGAGAUUAUUUGCUGCCAUUCAAGACGGGUGCUUUCUUGGCUGAGACUCCGGUUUUGCCUGUGAUCUUGAAAUACCAUUUCAAGAGGUUUAGCCCCGCAUGGGAGUCAAUAACAGGGGUCCGACACGUUCUUUUGCUUCUAUGUCAAUUCGUAAAUGUUCUGGAGGUUGUAAGGUUACCCGUGUAUUACCCGACCGCGAAAGAGUGUUCAGAUCCGAAGCUUUACGCAAACAAUGUCCGCCUCUUGAUGUCAACUGAGGGGGACCUACCUUUAUCAGAUGUAGGGCUCUUUGAGAAACGUGUUUAUCACGCAGCUCUGGCCGGCAAGAAAUUCACCAGGAGUGACAGCAGUCUGAGAUAACAUGUUGCAAGGUAGAUCGCACAAUACACAAAGCGCUUAGAUUCUGAAACGUUGUCUGAUAAUCGCCCACGCUGUAAAGUAGAAGAUGCCGCGAGAAUACCUCGUGUGUCGAACACGAACAGAUCACGUCCACGCAUGAUUCUGCUUGACCUGGCCUUCUCUCCAUCGUACCAUGUACAGUUGCCCGUAGCUCAGAACUCAUUCUGUCAAAAUUUCUCCCCAAGUUUGACUUCAAGUCCACCAAAAACAUUGCUGCUCGCUCGCUUCUACUCGUAGGCGACGCAUGCUAGCUAAGUUUGACUCCAAUCCCAUUGCCGGACAACUGCUGCUGCUGCCUGCCACCUUCAGUCAGUCAUUUCUCUAGCGCAUAGCCAUGCGCAAGUGCGGUUGUAAAUUAACUUGAAUUUGGAAGAAAACACCGUCUCGAAACUCAACAUUUGGAGAGGAAGAAGUCAGGGUCUACAGAUGAACGAGACUACAGCAACAUCAGAAACCAUUAUCUGGCGAAAUCCCUGCUCUGGAGGUAGAUCACGUACGUGAGUCAAUGUCGGUCGCCGCACUCACAUUUUCGCCACUUGAGUUGAUAGAUUGUCAAUCAGGCGGUCUCGCCUCGUUGUUUCUUGCUGCAAAUCACAUGAUAACGUUGAGUAUUCAUACCGAGAAGGCGAGCGUCAUUCUGGUUACGGCAGGAAGUCCUUUUCCUGCCAGGGCAGGUUGAAAUUGACUGCCCUCGGUUCAGUCGUAGCUUUUGUAUAUUCAUACAUGAUUUCAGCGGCAGAGUAUGCCGGAGUGAUAAUCGCCCUCGAUUCAGGAUAAGCUUGUACGUAUCCGGAUUUUGGAGGAUGGGUGCGACGAGUAAAGCCGAAUCGUGUUGCUUGUCAGUCUUUGCAUGUGUCGUUUCCUAAGCAGAUGCUCGAUGAUCACGUGUAUCGAUUCCGUGCUGGCUAAAAGUGGUCUAAUGUUCAAUCUCAGCACCACAUGUCGUGGACGGAAGACCAAUUUAUGUCAUAAAUUAACGGUGUAACACCUCGUAUCACGGUAUAAACUGGAAAUUUUGGAAUAUUCGC